UUUUCCGCAUCACACCACUGGCAGACGAACUUCAGGAGCUUCAUGGAGGCUGAGCUGCUAGACAAUUAGAUUGAACCCUUCGUCGUCUCCAUCUCCAACAAAAAUUGUCUGAAUACUGAGUAAGAUUCGUCUUGGUCGAAGUCUACCAUUACUUGAUCCACCUCAUUUGGAGAAUUCCCCUCUCCGCAUCUGCAUUCCAAAGCCAGGACCAAACGCCCUCUCACGUGCGCUUUGGAUCGCACCCCUCUUCUUUCUUCUGUCUCCACGAAGGACAAACUACCGGUGUAUCCAUCAUAUUCCAUAUACCGAGGAAAUGCAGUCCUCCAUCUCCCCACGACAUUCGUUCGACGACACUGGACGCGAGUCACCCCAGCCAAGGUGCGUAUCCCCUGGGGGCGAUAGUCCGCGGCGCAAAUCCAUCCAGUUCAAUAUCGGUGGAGUCGAAACGCAGUCCCCUGUCCGUCGGUCUUCGAGCGUCAAAGUCCAGAAACGAUCGCAGAUCGAGGUGCCGGAGAAGGAUCAGAAGAGUGGCUCUGUUAGUCGAGGCCUUUCUCCGCCUCCGCCGCAAACCUACGAGCGCGGUGUGUCGUUUGAUACAUUCGAUAAUCCCGACGCGGCAGACUUUUCGUUGACUUUGAACUACAAACAUAAAGGCUAUCAGUGUACCCGUCGCAGUAGGACCUUCCUCUGUGGCACUGAUCAGAAUGAUUACUCGGAUUUUGCCCUGGAGUGGCUGAUCGAUGAGUUGGUCAACGAUGGCGAUGAGAUCGUCUGUCUGCGAGUCGUUGAAAAGGAUUCUGGUCUCGCGAGCGAUGCGGAAAUCGAGGCUGGAAAGUACAGGAAGGAAGCUGAGAGGCUGUUCGAGCAGGUCAUACAGAAGAACAGCCAGGAUGAAAAGGCCAUCAGCUUGGUCCUAGAAUUGGCGGUCGGCAGGGUUCAGGACAUUAUUCAGCGAAUGAUCAGGAUCUACGAACCUGCGCUGUUAAUCGUGGGAACGCGCGGCCGUAAACUCGGGGGCGUGCAAGGCUUGCUGCCAGGUUCCGUCUCCAAGUAUUGCUUGCAGCAGUCGCCGAUUCCCGUCAUCGUUGUCCGCCCCACCACCAAGCGAGAAAAGAAAAAGAAAAAGCGGCAAGCAGAUCCUACCAGACGCAGCUACAAUCAGAUCCUUGAGCAGAGUUCGCGUCGGGGUAGCCGCAUCUUUGAUGCUAGUUCGAGCACCGACAGCAACAUCUCUAGACUGCCCGACGAAGAGGCCGCGGUUGCGGCAGCUUUGGGUAUCCCUGCCUCAUAUACCAAUUCUCGCACCUCUCUUUCCAUGUCGGAGAGAAGCAGCGUCAGUCAGGAGGAGCCAGUGUCGCCCAAUUGGGGCUCUUUGAGCGUCACUGCCAAAAAUAAUGUUACGGAGAGCGCAGAGACCACGGAAGAUGAAGGCGCCUCGGAUGAUGAUAAUUCUGCUUCCCGGUCCGGUCAGCACAUCGAGGAUGUGUCGCCCAAGCACAAGGCUGCAGAUGACAGUCAAGCUGUUUCCAAAGACGGUGACCCGUCGCCGGACAGUGGUACACCGAUCACAACGACGACUCCUCCACCUCUCGAAUCCCUAAAGGUCAAUAUUCCAGUUAUUGUCACUGAAGAUAUUUCGCCCUAUCAGAAAGAUGAAGGCAAGGGUGAUUGAUUCCACAGUUGUGGACCAGUCUUACAGCCCAUCCCAUCCAUCUACCAGCGUACAUCGCUACGGCAUUCCUAUACAAUUAGUCGUCCUGCAGGUGGCUCUGAUCCACCUAUAUCAACUGUCUCCAUUGAAUGCUUACAGUUCGCAUUCUGCUUGUCCCUCAGUAUGAGCAAUUACUAAUUAGACCACCUGAUACCUGACGAUGCCAUGAUCACUCCACUCCGCUCU